UCAAGACACAUAAAGUUUGUGUUGGUGGUUUGCAGAACUUUUCAGCUCACUACUCCUCUGAAACAACUUUACUUUUCAUCAUCUGGAUUAAUUUUUUUUCUAAUUGAACUCUGGGGUCGAUCAGAGCACAGGUUAAAUGUGGAAUGGCUGAACUGGUGCAAAUCAGAAAGAAAAACCUGCAAAUACCUAUCUCUAGGUUGAGAAGCAUGCUGAAGAAGAUUGAGGAGAAGGAUGUUGAUUUUGAAGAAAUAAAAAAAAAUUUGGAUUUCACUGCAUCGUUACUGGAGGCAGUUUAUCUCGAUGGAACAAGACAGUGUCUGGAGUCAGAGGACGAUCUUCAGCAGCUGCAGUCAGAUGGAGUGCCAUCGGAGGUCACUGACUGGUUGGCGUCCACCUUCACCCAGAGGAUACGACGACCUUUGAGACGCUCAGAUGAGAAGCCCAAGUUUCGUAGCAUUGUGCAUGCAGUGCAGGCUGGGAUUUUUGUGGAAAGGAUGUUCAAGAGGGCGUACACAGCGACCAUGCCAGACCAACCUGCAGCAGUCGUAACCUGCUUAAGGGAUGUGGAUCGUUGGAGCUUUGAUGUUUUUGCUCUGAACUCUGCCAGCUCCGAUCAUGCACUACAAACUCUGUUCUUUGAACUGAUCACAAGAUAUGACCUCAACAGUCGCUUUAAGAUUCCUAUCGCAUGCCUGACUGAAUUCCUGUCUGCCCUGGAAAAAGGAUACUGCAAAUACAACAAUCCAUAUCACAACCUUAUUCAUGCGGCUGAUGUGACUCAGACCAUGCACUGUCUGCUGCUGCGUUCCGGCCUCGUGGUACGGCACACUCCAAUGAAUACUAAACACUGGCUGACAGAGCUUGAGGUGAUGGCUUCGCUGUUUGCUGCUGCCAUUCAUGACUUUGAACACACAGGAACCACAAACAACUUUCACAUCCACACAAGGUCAGAGUUUGCUCUGAUUUAUAAUGACAGAUCUGUGCAGGAAAGUCAUCACUUAAGUGCAGCGUUUCGCCUGCUGCAGGACGACAAGCUGAACAUCUUCAUUAAUUUGACUCGAGAGGAGUGGAUGGAGAUGCGAUCCCUUGUUAUAGAUAUGGUUUUGGCCACUGACAUGUCCUCCCACCUACUUCAAGUUAAAGCCAUGAAGUCCUGUCUACAACAACAGGAGCGGAUUGAUAAGCCCAAAGCGCUGUCUCUGUUACUGCACACAGCUGACAUCAGCCAUCCAUCCAAGCCCUGGGCUCUGCACUCUCGCUGGACCAAAGCAUUAAUGGAGGAGUUCUUCAGGCAGGGCGAUAGAGAGGCGGAGCUUGGCCUUCCCUUCUCUCCACUGUGUGAUCGAAACAGUACCUUAGUAGCUGAGUCCCAGAUAGGUUUCAUUGACUUCAUUGUGUAUCCUACAUUUUCCUUGUUGACGGACAUAGCAGAAAAAAUCGUUAUUCCCUUGGUGGAGGAGAACCCAGGUCCCCCAGACCCCUGCAACAGACACAGCAAUCUUUGGAAAGAGAGCUCCAGAGGUCUGCAGUGGAGUCUUGCACACAUCACUGCUGAGCUGGUGAGUUUUCGCUCUACUUGGACGAGACACACAGAGGACAACAAGCUCAAAUGGAAAGAGAGCGGCUCGAAUGGAUUUUCAGACUCCAGUGUUACAAAAGAACAACGAUCCAGGCAGGCGGAGCGGUCCGAAAAAUCUCUGCAAGAAACCACUGAAAAAACAAAACAGUAGAAGGGACUUUUUGGGGAUACUGGUCUGUUUUCAAUGAUCUACACACAGUUCAACUGAGGCUGG